UGUUUGCCAAGAGUAGCAAUCAUUAACCGUCAACCUACCCAACGAAACAAAAAUUGGUUUAAAACAUGUUGAAAAAAGGUGUACUUCUGCUCCUCAUUGCAACCAUCGCGCAAGCUAUGCAGGUAUACCCGAACUACGUCUCCAAGACAUGCUUCGGCUACUCGUGUCCGGCUGCAACCGUGAACUGUAAACAACACGUACAAACCGAAGGCGACUAUAGGGUGCAUAUCGACGUGCACUGUCUGGACCCUUACGAUACGACACUACACACCACCACGUACCACGACAGGAACGCAAGACCUGGAUUUAGGUUCCACAUGGAUGUCUAUGCAGAACCUGAGAGUACCGGCUGCUCAGAGUGUGACUAUGACGAUUUUGAUCAUUAAUGUUCGCCUUUUUUACAUACAUAUACAGUGUACUUGAGGUUAUCACAAUAUUUGUUGAAAUUUACUGUAAGUUUUAAAUGUCAAGGUUACUAUUUGUUGUUGUAAAUAAAUACUUAACGAAAUAGAAAAAAUCAUAAUAAAUAAA